GUCAUACUAUGACUUCAAGUAUGGAUGGUAGGCGUCUCAAGCGCUGUAGCAGCGCUGCAACUUCAAGCAGUCUGCCUGGUGCUGCUUGGCCCCGUAAUAGUUCUGAAUUAUUCCUGUCGUCUGCAAUGGCUUCUAUAAUACCAGAGAUACGGAUCUACUCUCCCUCUGAUAAAGGCGACGACACCUCCGACUCUGAGCGCAGCAGAAUAACCGGAGACGCGAGUGACCGUAAGAGUGCUAUGCUGUUCCGCGGAUCUUGUGAAGUGUUUUCAGGCGACAGUUCGAACAUGGUGCCCUGGCUGAACACAUUUAACAUGCGGCCGUAUAAUCUAUCGUGCUUGCCGUCUACCAUGUCCUAUCGGCCUUCCUGUCGGUCUCAGUCUGUGGCCAUUAGUCGUGCAAAACUGGGGUGCAUCACGAGUUCCGCAAAAUCGCUCGACGUGCUACGCCAGAAUUUGCAGAAGAGCAUCAACCGCGAAAUAGACGAAAUACUACAGCGGUAUUUGGAGAAAUUCUUCAAGCCAGGUCUGGAGAACGUGCGCAUCAACAACGGCGAGCACUCGAUAUCGGAGCAACACAUCCAAGCCGUGUGCCGGCAGAUCUUGGAAGAAGCCAAGAAGAUGUACCACGGUAGCUACACUCGGGGAAACAGCCCGACCUCCGACUACAACAUUGACUCGGGCCGCAACAGUCCAUCAGACCUGAAGUUGGGUAGGUUCUUGGGUAAGCAUGCGGUGACGGGCCGCAAGAGACGCGACAACUCGGACUCCGACUCUGAAGCGAGUUUGCAGCUGGUGAAGAAGAAGAAAGGGCGACCGCCACUGCAUCAGGGCGGAGUGCUGUCGGGUCGGUCGACGCCGUGCAAGCUGAAGGCGGAUGCAGUGAAGCGGGAAGGGCCAAAGUGGGAUCCGGCGCGACUGCAGCCGAACUCGCAAUUUAUCAUGGGUGCCAAGGCGAACAAGGCGCUGGGUUUGGGCGCCACGCGAGGUCGUCUCUACAUCAAGCACCCGGAGGUGUUCAAGUACUCCGGUGACCAGGAAGACAAGCAGUGGCUGUACGAGCACAACCAGAUGCCGGCCACAGGGGGCAAGGCCUACAUGCUGCUCGUCGAGGACAUUCGCGAGUUGGCCGAGACGGACGAAUACCGCGGUAGCCCAGGACUCAUGCUGGACGAGAUCGUCGGCUUCUCUGUGCCGGAGAGCAUGCUGGCCAAGAUGCAGGCCGCCAUGCUUGCCAUGAGGACCGACCUGCCGGCCGGGUCGCGUCGUCGUGGGCCACGACCCAGUGGCGACCCGCGGCACGACGACGGCUCGGCGUCUCCCGCCGAGGAGCCACUGGGCGCGUCGCCGUUCGGUCAGGGCUUCGAGGACGUCUCGCCGGCUGCCUCGGACGUGAGCGCCACGUUGGAGCCGCCCCUGACUGCUCCCUUCGAGCUGGUCUUAAGCCCAUGAGUGCCAUGCACAUUUGUUGCUGUGAUUGCAGGGCUACACACUAGCAGUGGCUACGACGAUCUAAAAAAUUGCUCCUUGUAAAAGGCUGUGUUUUAACCUUAAUUGUUUAGGACUGGCAACAAUUAUUUGCGACCUGGUCGGCUUGGGAAAGCAGUUCAUAGCUUUCCGUGUAAGUAUUUUUUGUGUGCCACACCUUUUUCUUUGCUUGUUUUCUUUUCUGUAUAUACUUCUGUGAGAUGUAGUAUCCUUACACUCCACUUUAUGCAUUUUAGCUGCAGAGCACCAAUGAAAUUAUGAUACCACGAUCAUUAAGAGUUACCGGUGUUUUAAUAGUCAUGCUUUCGUGAGGUUUGAAUGUGUCAGUAAGUGGUACGUUAUCCGGGUAUAAACUCUUAAACAUGAGCACAGUUGUUGAAACAGUUUUUACAUGCUCACUGUGGGAGCAGGAAUCAUGGACUUCAUUAAGAAAAAUUAAUGGCUUGAGAUCUCAGUCAUGAUCUCAGGCAUGUGAAGUGUGCACAGCUGUCCAUGUGGCACUUCACUGACAACUUGCCUGCAUUGUAUGAAGGGAACCAAUAUUUCAGACGGUUUUUUUAUGUGACAUUCACGGAAGCUUUUGUUGCUCUGAGGUUACAUCUAUGAUUGUUAAAAAGAAAAAUGUAGUGAUGCAGUAAGGGCUCCAGUGGGACCUGGCACAGCUGUAGCAAAGCUCUCAUUUUAUCAUGGGUCUCAAGGCGAACACGGCUCCGGGUUUGGGCACCCCAUAUCCAUGAUGUCACUUUUAGCAUUAGACAACCAUUUGCUACAGCAUGUCACCUUUUGUUUGCAUUUAGGCCACGUGACAUAUCGUACUGGAAAAAUUUUGCUAGCAGAUCAGUAAUGCAUGCAUGUUUAGAGUGAGCAAAAAUUGUGCUAAUAUGUGUAGUUUAGGUACCAUGUGUACUAUCCUGCUUAAUAUGAGCUACAUCACACAAGUGCGUGGCCGAGCGCUCUGCAAGGUUGUACAGUGGCGCCGAUCAUGGCAUAUUUUCAAGUUAUCGGGAGAGAGUUUGGCUGCUCAUGCAAGCACGCAUCGCCCCCACUUGCUUGCUUUCACCCUUGAAGUUAUUUUCGAAGCUGAU